UAUCCAUAGCAAAACAAUUACGGAAACAAAUUUUGAAAUGUUCUCUCAGGUUUUGGGGAGAGUGCUACUGUUCAUGUUUAAUAAUGUUUGCUAGAGAGUAAGGCUUGUAUGCUGUUUUCUCCGUGGGAAGAGGAUAGAAUAUAUCCUAAACAACGACUUGGUUGAUUGAAAUUUCAUGCAUCCUCAGAAUGUAGGAAUUGAUCAGGAAAUGGUGACAGGGACAUGCAUUCGACUUGCCACCCCCCCUUCCCUAUGCUUUAUUAAGAUGGCCCAGGGAAUCUUCAAAUAUACAGACUAGUUAAAAAUGGCACACAUCGAAAAUACCGUUUCAACUGCUGGAUAUUGAAAAAAUAAAAACAUGAGUCUUAUUCCUUAUCUAAGAACAGUAAAUGGCAAAGAUCGUGCUCGACAGUUCAGAAUUUGUGCUCCUAUUCCAGGAGACGAGAUACUACGAUGUGUUUCCUCUUACUCGCCCCAGUCUUUGUAAACAGUGGGAGGCAGCUGUUAAAAGAAAAAACUUCAAGCCCACUAAGUACAGCAGUAUCUGUUCUGAGCACUUUACUCCAGACUGCUUUAAGAGAGAGUGCAACAACAAGUUAUUGAAGGAGAACGCUGUGCCCACAAUAUUUCUCUAUAUCGAGCCACAUGAGAAGAAGGAAGACCUGGAAUCCCAAGAACAGCUUCCCUCUCCUUCACCCCCCACUUCCCAGGUGGAUGCUGCUAUUGGGUUGCUAAUGCCCCCUCUCCAGACCCCAGAUAACCUCUCUGUUUUCUGUGACCACAAUUACACUGUGGAAGACACAAUGCACCAGAGGAAGAGGAUCCUCCAGCUGGAGCAGCAGGUGGAAAAGCUCAGGAAGAAACUCAAGACGGCCCAGCAGCGGUGCCGGAGGCAGGAGAGGCAGCUGGAAAAGCUGAAGGAAGUGGUCCACUUUCAGAGAGAGAAGGACGACGCAUCAGAGAGGGGCUAUGUGAUUCUACCAAAUGACUACUUUGAAAUUGUUGAAGUACCAGCAUGAGCAGAUGAGAUGCCGUGGGGACAAGACUGUACACCUUCUUUUACCCUACAUACAGGAGUCCAUUUGAAAAAAAUAACACCUAAUUACUUGUAUUAAAAAAACAAUAUUUUUUUAAAAUAAAUUAGAUAUAUACUGUAAAAUUGUAAUUUUUUUGUUUGUAAUCUCAGAGUUUCUACAUUUUAACAAAAUAUUUUAAAAAAUCCUUAAACCACCACUAUAGUGUUGUAUAUUGGUUUCAAGAUGGUGGAUUGUUUUUCAUUUGAGUAUUUAUAGAAAUAAUGUAAAAAAAAGUAGAGAGGGUAAGGUGUGGUAAAAAUGAUUUAAGUUUAAAAAUUAAUGCCCUUUUUGAGAUAACUUAUAAUUUAAAUCAGAAGUAUAAGUGUGAGCAUUGGACAUAGCCUUUCAGAAUAUAAAGAUGUACAUACACACAUUUUGUAUUUAUAGUCAGAGCUUCAUUUAUUUUUCUCAAUCACUUAGCAAAAAUGAACUGUCAAGCCAAUAUUUGAGGAAAACAAUAUUUUGCUGUCUUCAGAAAAAUCAUUCCAUAGUUAAUAGCUUCAUAAAGAGUAGAGUUUUAAGAGUUGGUCCUGUCUUGUCCCUAGCUUUAUGAAAUUGGAAGUGUAUCAGUGAAGUGAGAACUGGGGGCUGGGCUGGAGAGAUGUUUCAGUGGGAGAAGCGGAGCACAAGCCUGACUACCUGAGUUUAACCCCUGAGACCCAUGCAAAGGUGGACGGAGAGAACCACUCCACAGAGCUGCCUUCAGGCCCCCACAAGUGCUGUGGCAACUUUCUAAAAUAAAAAUUGGGAGCUGUUUCCUGAUAUGGUCUGAUCAUCCCCUAGCUAAAGGCACCUAAUUCCACAGCUGUAGUUAAAUCUGCAUUCAGAUCUCUGAUAAAUUAUUUCUGUAGAGUUUGAUUUGUACUAUCAUACGGUACCUUUGCCCUUAAGUAUUUGAUCAUUUUACCCUCAACUGUUUGAUUUUGGUCAAGACAUUGCAUAGAAAAUAUUUUUUUUCACUCUUAAGUUAGAAAUUAUAUCCAAUUUACUUCAAGUGACUUAUGUUCAAAAGUAAUGUGUUGUGUUUAUGUCACUGUUGAGACUUAAAUAUUGCAGUUUCUGUUCACACUGUGGAUUGUCUUCUAACUGUGAGAAAGCUUACAUAUAUUUGAUGAAAAUGUGUUCUGAGUAAACAAGUGCUGAUAAAAGAAUUCUCUAGGUUUAGGAGAACCAUAUUUUAUAUUUCAGAGUACACUGUAGUUGAAGAGUAGCGGACCUUUCAAGACAGUAUUAAAGAUAUGUUAUCCCAGUA